CCGGGUUCGCUGUGGCGAGGUCGGGGGAGUCGCCAUUUUCGACGCUGGGCGGCUAAUCGGAAAUCCGUCUCUUCCGUUUUCACGUCUGGAUUCCUCCAGCAUCCAAACUUUUCUACAGGAGACUUGGAGUGAUAAAAAAAAAUUACAAGAGUUACUUCUCAUUGGUCAAAAGCAGAUUCCUAGGAAGGAGCAGGACAGCAUGCUGGGCUCCGGCUUCAAAGCUGAGCGCUUACGAGUCAAUUUGAGAUUAGUCAUAAAUCGUCUUAAAUUGUUGGAGAAAAAAAAAACGGAACUGGCUCAGAAAGCAAGGAAGGAGAUCGCUGACUAUCUGGCUGCUGGAAAGGAUGAGCGAGCACGCAUCCGUGUGGAGCACAUUAUCCGGGAAGACUACCUUGUGGAGGCCAUGGAGAUCCUGGAGCUGUACUGUGACCUGCUGCUGGCUCGGUUUGGCCUUAUCCAGUCUAUGAAGGAACUAGAUUCUGGUCUGGCUGAAUCUGUGUCUACACUGAUCUGGGCUGCUCCUCGACUUCAGUCAGAAGUGGCUGAGUUGAAAAUAGUUGCUGAUCAGCUCUGUGCUAAAUAUAGCAAGGAAUAUGGCAAGCUGUGCAGGACCAACCAGAUUGGGACUGUGAACGAUAGGCUAAUGCACAAACUGAGUGUGGAAGCCCCACCCAAAAUUCUAGUGGAAAGAUACCUGAUUGAAAUUGCCAAGAAUUACAAUGUACCCUAUGAACCUGACUCUGUGGUCAUGGCAGAAGCUCCUGCUGGGGUGGAGAAAGACCUUAUUGAUGUUGGAUUUACAGAUGAUGUGAAGAAAGGUGGUCCUGGAAGAGGAGGAGGGGGCGGGUUCACAGCCCCUGUUGGUGGACCUGAUGGAACAGUGCCAAUGCCCAUGCCCAUGCCCAUGCCUAUGCCCACUCCAAAUGCUCCCUUCUCAUACCCACUGCCAAAGGGACCAUCGGAUUUCAGUGGAUUGCCAGUGGGGACUUACCAGGCCUUUCCUAACAUUCACCCACCUCAGAUACCAGCAACUCCCCCAUCGUAUGAGUCUGUUGAUGACAUUAAUGGUGAUAAAAAUGUCUCUUCUGCACAGAUUGUUGGACCCAAGCCAGAAGCUCCUGCAAAGCCCCCUUCCAGACCCAUGGAUAAUUACAACAACUUUGUACUGCCAGAGUUGCCAUCUGUGCCAGACACACUCCCAACUGCAUCUGCUGGAGCCAGUACCUCAGCAUCAGAAGACAUAGACUUUGAUGAUCUUUCCCGGAGAUUUGAGGAACUGAAAAAGAAAACAUAGGUCUCUUAAACCAGGCAACGUCCAGAUUCUGGAAGUUGAGACUGAACAGUUCUUUCUUGUAACAAUGAAUCUCCAUGAAAUUCCGUUUCAUCUGUUAACCAUCACCGAGCAUUCUUCGUUGGGGCUCUCCUGCUGCUCUACCAAUUGUGUUGCUUUCCAAUUCUCUAGUGAUACUGAGAGACUAACAGCUAGAGACUGUGGCUGGAGCAGUUGGCUUCUGGUGGCUGUUUACCUGUCUGUCUGUCACAUGGAUCCUUGGUUCUCUCCUGACCAUUCAAUUCCCAAAGGAGUGAGAAGGGAAGUACUGUGGGUAGAGUUGCCAAAGGUGCUGGACCAUGGAAGAGAGUAUCCUAUGACAUGUCUCAGCCUUGGCUUGUAAAUGCAUCCUCUGCUUGGGGGUGAUUGUAGAGAGAAGCAAGGCCACUGUGUGUUUUUUCAAAUGAGUUAGAUGGCUCUGGAAGCCACUGUCACGAUUCCUGGAGGCGGGGCCCUCUCAUUGACAUACACUACUUCUUGCUGCAGGGCACUGUUCCACCUGGAUCCAGUUGCAAAGUUUGUUUGGAAAAGUUCUCUCUUAGUUCUACUGGAUUCUCAGGGAGCCCUCUGUGGCCUUUUUGCUUUACUUUAAGUGCUGUGUUUCCCUUUUAGGAACGAGUAGCACUAUGGAAAUUUGUUUUUCCCCAUGGCAUGUUAGGAAGGAAGCAUAGGUCUCUAUCCAAGCCUAGGGUGGGCUUCCAGUUGCCUUAAUAGAAGUGCUCAAGUCUGGAAGCCUACAGGAAAGGGGGAUACGUGUUUUCAUUUGAAUACUUACAAUUAGGGCAUCUUUACAAGCUGAUAUCUUAAGUUUUGGUGCCAUGUUGCUGUAGCUCACUGCUUUCCUGGGUGGGUGCGACUCUUUAUUAUGGUAACUUAUGCGCUUCAUUGCCCCUAGCCAAGGCCACCCUUCCCCAGGAGGUUAGCUUUGGGACUGGAAGAUGAGAUUUUUGUUUAUGUAUAAUAUUUCUGUAUGUACCUGUUUCAAGCAACUUUACUGUUUUUGAUUGGUUCGUCUCUCAUAGCUCAGUAGCUGCUAAUAAAGAUCCCGUGUCCUGCUUUCUCAAGUGUUGGUCAAAUGAAGGGAUUUUAGUGGAGACUAUUUUACCAGGUGAUCCAUAUUAGUAUAUAAGUCAGAUCCAGCCUUCACUUUCCUCUCCCUUAGGACAGGCGUCAGGGGCUGUUGGGCUCAUUUCAAUCCCUGGGUUUGAGCUCAGAUAGCAUCUAUGAACUCUAUUUUAGGUAAACUGCAGUUGUGCCCACUCUUGGCAUGAGUGGUGAACAUUCUGUUACCUGCUGGUUGGCAGUGUGGCUGGAUUGUGGUAUGUCCUUAGGGUACCUUCUCCUUACUACACUGCUGAAGUCCCUCAGCAAGAUUUUGGAAACAAUGGGAUUCGGAUUCUUCACUAACACAAAGUAUUACUUCUGUCAUAAGAUGUAAAGUGUUAUCAGUAAUGCAGUAAAAUGUAAGCUACCCUAGGCAACAGUGAGAUUAAGAUAUUUCAUCUUGGGCUGGAGAGAUGGCUCAGUGGUUAAGAGCAUUGCCUGCUCUUACAAAGGUCCUGAGUUCAAUUCCCGGCAACCACAUGGUGGCUCACAACCAUCUGUAAUGAGGUCUGGUGCCCUCUUCUGGCCUGCAGACAUACACACAGAUAGAAUAUUGUAUACAUAAUAAAUAAAU